UGGCAAGUAAGAGGACGGUGUCCCCGCCCUUUCAGGCCGUCCCUCUCCUGUUUUGCAAACCGUCGUGGCAGUUGGUCCGAGAGUCCUCAGGCUCAGGUCUACAGGCCCUAUGUUCUUGAGGAUUUUCAAAUGCCUUUGAACUGGGAAUUAGAACGUAAGAAGCGGGAUAGUGCUGCUAGAAUCAUUCAGCACGCCUGGAAAAGUUUCCUUGAUGUUGCAAUAUUUCAGCACUUCAAAAAUCUGAUUAAUUUAAGAAGACAAGGGGAGCCACGUCAUAUAGUAAGAUAUAUUAAUCCUAAAGAAGCAGAGCUUCUAGAUGCUGCUGCUGGCAUUAACGUACGAUUCAGAUUAGGUGGAGUUACAUUUCCACCCAAUAUAUACUACAAAAUUUUCACUCACAGACAUAUUGAAGAUCUGUGUGCUAACAGCCCUAGAGUCUAUGCAAAACUUCCAGCAAAACAAACAUCAUGUAUUAAAAGUGAUACUCUUCAGGAAGAUGAACAUAGUGGCUGGUAUCGUCGUAUAGAGAACAAUGGCUGGAGACCUGUUUCUGAGACGUUUUGGAUGCCUAUUGAAAAUGUAGUGGUGGGAGACAAAAAGGAAAGUGAAUUCCAUUUCUCUAAACUGAAGAGAAAGCAAGACUUGGAAAAGAAAAGAAAAAUUAAAAAAAUAGAAUGGAUGAGGCACAUGUAUUACACAGGAAGCCUGGAAGCUAAUUCAACAAAUCUUGACACUUUAGAUUUAAUUCACACAGCAACAAAAGGUCUAAUAAGAGCUAUUGAAGAUGGUGGAAUAGAUUCGGUGAUGGACUGGGAAGUGGAUGAAGUGCUGAACUGGACAAAUGCAUUGAACUUCGAUGAGUACAUUGCCAACUGGAAGGAAAUGGCUACAAGCAACUCUUCAGCAAACUUCAAGGGCCAGCAGCAAAGCCACCACUGGGCAAGAGAGUGAGCAGCGGCUCUCCACUCCAGUCCACCUACCUUG